CCGAAUUAGAAGCAUGUCAAUAUCAGUUGACAGUAAUAAUCUUAGUUUUGUUAACGAUUUGAAUCCUGCUAAGGAUAUGUGGAACAUGAAGGCGAGAAUUAUACGAAAAUGGAAUCAGGGUUACAAAAUGGAGAUCAUCUUCAUUGAUGAGAAGGGUGCUAAGAUUCAAGGAGGUAUUAAGAGUCAUCUGAUACCUGUUUUUGAUGGACAGCUGCAAGAAGAUGCUGUUGUGAUUCUUUCGAAGUUUGGUGUUGGUGAGAAUAAAGAUUUAUAUAAAGUAGUAGUGCAGCCUUAUAAAAUCAACUUUUAUAGAUGCACAACUGUUACUCGUGUGAGAGAUUGGCAAGGUGUUGAGUAUGGUUUCAAUUUCAGAGCUUAUGAAAAUAUUCUUCAAGGAGAGGCAUUAAAUGCUUUGAGUGUUGAUGUUGUUGGAUCUGUGAUUUCUUGUGGAGAUCUCUUUGAUCGACCUCCAAAGGAGACUAAGAAGAUGAAUUUCGAUAUUGAAGAUUUGGACAUGGAAAGUGUAAGGAAUGAAAAGGUGAAUAUACUGUUCAAAGUGAAUCAAGAAAUUGAUGAAGUUGAUGAGCUAAGGAGGAGGCAUAUAUUGAAGUUUGGACAAGGGAGUAGUUCUACUUCUCAGACGAUACUAUCGUCUCAGAGUAUUUUUCCAUUACAUAAAGAAUUUGUAACUGAAGGUGUGAAGAAACAUGUUGAUGAGAUUAGCGAGAUAGAAGAGGUUUAA